AUGCGGAGUGUUUUAAAAACUUUAAUUGUUUUGUGGCCUCCUUUGCUUGGACAUUUUAUUUUGUUAAUUCCUAGUGGAGAAGCUUUUGUAGUUAAAGACAAUGCUCCUGUCAUUCCUGGUAAACCCGGAGUAAUUGGAAGUGAUCUUAAUGAUAAAAGUGCAAAAACUAGUCAACCAAAAGAAGGAAGUGAAAGUUUGUUUUCUGGAGUUGAAGGUAGCCAUGUUGAGGAAUUAAAGGAGGAAAUUGAAGGAGAAGGUAAGAAAGUACCCAAAAUGGAUGGGCAGGGUAAUGAAAGCAUUGAAACUAAAAUUGUUGAAAAGAAAAAGGAACUGGAGGCUUUAAAUAAAGAAAAAUUAAAUUUGGAAAAGAAAGUUGUUGAAUCAAAAACAACUGAAAAAGUGAAGGAUAUUACUCAAAUUGAUCCAGCAGGUGAAGAAGAAUCACCAAUUGUGAGUGAGUUAAAAACAGAAACAAAGAAUACCGGAGAGACUGAAAGGAAAGAAGAAAAUUCUCAGGAAAUAUCACUUUGGCAGCAAUUUUGGCAAUCCUUCUUUAGUAGUGGACAAAAUGAUAAAACUAAAGAAAAUGACGUUGAAAAACCAAAAAAUCAAGAAAAAGAAUUAAAAGAAGGAAAUGUUGAAAAAGAAAAAGCUAAUGGAAAUGAGUUGGGGAAAGAUUUAAAAAAAUCUAAAGGAAAUGGCCAAGUAAUUGAAAAAUCAAAACCAGAAGAAAGUAAAAUGGAGAGUAAAGUCAAAAAUGAAGAUGAAAAACAACAAAAAUUAACUAAAAACAAAAUUGAGAAAUCAUCACCUGCAGAUUCACAAAAAUUAACCGACCAAGUUAAAUUAUCUGGUGAGGAUAAAAAAGUAUUGAAAGUAGGCGAAAAACAAAAAGGAACAGCUAAAACAGACGAAAAUAGUAAAAACAAUGAAAAAGAUAAGAAAAACAAGAAGGAAACUGAAAAAGUCAAAACAAAAGACAGUGAAAUAAUAGAGGAAAAAGGUAAGUUGAAAAAACCAGAAAAGGAGGAUGAAAAGCUUAAAGUAAACGAAAAGAUUGUUGACAAAACAAUUAAACACGAUGAAACGAAACAUAAAUUAGAAGAAGAUUUUACUAAGAAAGUUGUUACUGAUAAAAAGGAGAAAGUUGAAAAUCAAAGUAACAUAAACAAAGAUGUUGUGCAAAAACCUGCAUCUCAAAAAAAUGGAGAAGGAAAGAAACAUAAAACAAAAUCUGGAAAAAAGUUGGAGAAAAAAUCGCCGGGACAAGCAAAUCAUUCAGAUGAAAGCAGCUAUGAAUCUGAAGAAAGUGUUGAAUUAACUAAAGGAAAAGGAAAUUUUGCCGAAGAUGUUCAAAAUUAA